AUGGCGAACACAACCUCAGCUUCCGUUACAGCUGGCGACUACAUAUACGUGUUCUUCAACCAGGGCGGGAACACCAAAAUCCAUGGCUAUAGGUUCACGGAAAGUGAUAAGGAGCCUCAGCCGUUCACCAUCAAUGUCGAUUCAAAGGACGACAUCUCCAAGGGUGGAGAGAUUGCCGCUCUCUACUUGUCAGUGAACAACAAAGACGAGAUCCAUCUCUACUACAUCGGACAAGAGGACAAGCCCGCCGACCCCACGAACAUCCAAUGGAACCAGGUAAACGAAGCCUGUCUGCACGGUGCCAAAGCCAAGGCCACCGAUCCCGCGUCGUGGACCCGUACUGGCAUGGACCUGAACCUGAAACGGUGGAAAGGUGAAGUCGGCACCUACCUCGCCGCUUCUCUGAGUGCCGAUGCCAAUCAGUUCCCGCGAGUCUUUUACCGAGCCAAGGACACAACCGACGUUUCAAUGGCGGAAUUCAACAUCAAUUCCACCACUCACAAGAAAGACUGGACAACAACUCCGCUCACCGGCACGAGCGCAUGA